CCAGUCAACACAACACGACUCUUGUCAAAUUUGUGUUAUUUUUCGGCCGCAGUAAAAUUUUGUUACAAAAAUGAAAGAAUAUCCAAAAUUUUCUGCCAAUUUACGCACGAAUACAUAUUUAGAAAAGAAAAGAGAUUUAAAUACCAUCAAUAAUAAAUAUAUUGAAUCAUUAAGAAAAACAUUAUUCAACAAUGAUGAAAUAGCUCUCCUCCUCGAAUCCAAAUCACCAACCAUAAAAAAUCUUUUUAAAGAAUUAAAAAAAGUCAUAUCCGAAUCAAUUGGUGAAGAAAAUACUCAGGUAAUUGAUGGAGCUUGUUUAAUUUUCUUAAAUUUAUACAAAGAUCAAAAACUAAUUAAACGAAGUCAUUUAAGUGAAAUCAAAACACUUUUUGGCUCACUACUUGAUCAAUCCAAUAAUCGUAUAUUCCAAUUAGUCCAAGAAAUAAGUAAACAUUUAAAUGAUGAUGAUUGGAUUGUUAUUGAACGACAUUCAAAACGAUCAAAUGGCAAAGAAUUACCAAAAACCUAUUGGGGUUCUGAAAUUCUUGUUAAAUUCCCAACUUUCAAAUAUAACAAUGUUGGCAGUUUGCAAGAUAUUUCGCCCGAUCAAGCGAAAAAGAAAAAUCUAUCCAAAUUGUCUUUGGCCUAUCGAAUUGAAGAAGAAGACGAUUUGAGUGAUCAACUCUUCAAAAUAGGGAAUCAAACUUUAUGUAAAAAAGUCUUACAUUUACUUAAAUCUAAAGAAAACAACGAUGGUAUACAAAAUGAUCUUUGCGAACUAAUUGGCUUUGAGAAUUUCGACCUUUCAUUGAAAAUUCUUGCAAAUCGUGAAAAAGUCUUGGAAAAACUUGAUUCUGGGAUUGGUAACAGUGGCGGCGUUGAAAAACGUCCUAAAAGAAAAGAUAUUCCCACUUCUCGAUCGACUGAAAUGCGACCAACUGUUGCAUCAUCAGUCGUUGUCCAAUCAGCUCUUGAAAGAGAUAUUUCCCGACAAACUCGUCGAGAUGAAAAGAAACUCAAUCGAGUUCUUAAAUCUGAUGAUCGUUCCACAAUGUCUCUGAGCACAACAAUAAAUCCCAUACAACUUCGUCUCCAACAGCAACAAAAAAUGUUGGAAUCUGUUAAAAAACAACCUGUCUUAAGUACGACUAAAAAACUAUUUAACUAUGAAACUCCAGCCAUUCCAAAUUAUCCCUAUGUCUUUGAUAGUCAAUUGCUACUUAAACAAAGUGCUGCUUUUAUUGGAGGCAGUAAGAUAGCCCUCUCUGAAUCGGCUCAGAGAAUCGAUACAAAACAAUAUGAAGAAGUUAAAAUUCCUGCGACAGCAUUGGAAUCCCUCACAGUUGGCCAAAAUAGAGUAAAAAUCAAAGAUUUAGAUGACAUUGGUCAGUUAGCAUUUCGUAAUAUUGAAGAACUUAAUCGUAUUCAAUCGGUGGUAUUCUCCACUGCAUAUUACUCAAAUAAUAACAUGUUGAUAUGUGCUCCAACUGGAGCUGGUAAAACGAAUGUGGCAAUGUUGACAAUUGUUGCUACAAUUCGAUCUCAUUUAGAAAAUGGAGUUAUCAAUCGGGAUGCAUUUAAAAUUGUCUAUAUUGCUCCGAUGAAGGCAUUGGCAUCGGAGAUGGUUGAUAAUUUUCAAGAACGUUUGAAACCAUUGCAUAUAAAUGUUCGAGAGUUGACAGGUGAUAUGCAAUUGACCAAGACAGAAAUGCAACAGACGCAUAUACUUGUCACAACUCCAGAGAAAUGGGAUGUGGUAACUCGUAAGGGAGUUGGUGAUGUGGCAAUUAUCAGUCUUGUAAAGCUGUUGAUCAUUGAUGAAGUACAUUUGUUGCAUGGAGAACGUGGACCGGUUGUAGAAGCUUUAGUCGCGCGGACAUUGAGAUUAGUAGAAUCAUCACAAACUAUGAUUCGUAUAGUUGGCUUGUCUGCCACUCUGCCCAAUUAUAUUGAUGUUGCUCAUUUCCUUCGUGUUAAUCCAAUGAAGGGACUAUUCUAUUUUGAUAGUCGAUUCCGACCUGUGCCUUUGGAUACAAAUUUUGUUGGUGUCAAGGCUGUUAAGCCAAUGCAACAGUUGGCAGAUAUAGAUGAUGUUUGUUACAAUAAAUGCCUCGAAAUGGUUCAAAAAGAUCAUCAAGUUAUGGUUUUUGUACAUGCUCGUAAUGCAACUGUUAGAACUGCUACAAUGUUGAGAGAAGUUUCUGGACAGAAAAACCAUAGUUCAUUGUUUUUACCCCAGAAUUCAGCAGGUUGGAAGCUGGCCGUUCGGAGUAUAACGAGAAGUAAAAAUAAACAACUUGUUGAAUUGUUCCAAUGUGGAAUUGGUAUUCAUCAUGCUGGUAUGCUUAGGACAGACAGGCGAUUGGUGGAGAAAUAUUUUGCCGAGGGUUAUAUAAAGGUCUUAAUUUGUACGGCAACACUUGCCUGGGGUGUUAAUUUACCUGCACAUGCUGUCAUUAUAAAAGGAACUGAUAUAUAUGAUUCUAAACAUGGAUCGUUUGUGGAUCUUGGAAUUUUAGAUGUAUUGCAAAUUUUUGGAAGAGCUGGUAGACCGCAGUAUAACACCAGUGGAAUUGGUACAAUCAUUACCACUCACGACAAACUUAAUCAUUAUCUUUCCCUUCUAACCAAUCAGUUUCCGAUUGAGUCUAAUUUCAUACAAUGUCUUGCUGAUAAUCUCAAUGCGGAGGUAGCAUCAGGAACUGUAACAAAUAUUGAUGAAGCUGUUGAAUGGCUUAGUUAUACUUAUCUCUUUGUUCGAAUGAGGAUUAAUCCACAUUGUUAUGGAAUUGAAUACAGUGAAAUUCAAAAGGAUCCUCUGCUAGAGAGUAAACGGAGGAUGUUGAUUACGACAGCUGCAAUGAGUUUGGAUAAAGCUAAGAUGAUUCGUUAUAAUAGUCGAACAGAUGAUUUGAGUAUUACGGAAUUGGGACGUACUGCAUCGCAUUUCUAUAUAAAAUAUGACACAGUCGAGAUUUUCAAUGAAUUGCUGAAACCUUUUAUGACUGAAGCUGAUAUAUUUAAUAUGAUUUCACAAGCUCAAGAAUUCCAACAAUUGAAAGUUAGAGAUGAUGAAUUGGAAGAACUUGAUGAAUUGAGACAUUAUGCUUGUAAGCUUCCAGGACAUGGUGGAUCUGAUGAUGUUCCAGGAAAAGUAAAUAUUCUUCUGCAAACUUAUUUAUCGAGAGGUUAUAUUAAAUCGUUUUCACUUGUCUCGGAUAUGUCGUAUAUCGUUCAAAAUGUUGUGAGAAUAGCUCGAGCUAUAUUCACCAUUGUUUUGCGGAAUAAUAAUGCAAUAUUAGCUGGAAGAAUGUUACAAAUCAGUCAGAUGUUUGAGAAACAAAUAUGGAAUACUGAAACGCCUCUUCGUCAAUUUACUUGCUUACCUCAUGAAAUUAUUGAAAAAGUCGAAAGUCGUGGUUUAAGUUUGUAUACUUUGAAGGAAAUGAAUUUUAACGAAACAAAAGAUAUCAUUCGUAAUCAGAGACAUGCUUCAUUGGUAUUGCAAUGUGCCAAUGAAUUUCCUAUUCUAGAAAUGGAUGUUUCUCUUCAGCCAAUAACACGAACUGUGUUACGAAUUAAAAUCGAUAUUUGGGCUAGUUUCACUUGGAAUGAUCGAGUUCAUGGUAAAACGAGUGAGAAUUUUUGGCUUUGGAUUGAAGACCCAGAAACAAAUUAUAUAUAUCAUUCAGAAUUUGUUCAAAUUCUGAGAAAAACUGUUAUAACUGGACAAAAGCAAAGUAUUGCAAUGACAAUUCCAUUGCGAGAACCAUUGCCAUCACAGUAUUUUGUACGAAUAACAAGUGAAACUUGGUUGGGUAGCAAAACUGUCUAUCCACUUAGCUUUAAGCAUUUAAUUUUACCCGAACAUAGUCCACCAUUAACAGAAUUACUGCCAUUGCAACCAUUAGCAGUGAGUGCCUUAAAGAAUCGUCAAUAUGAAUCACUAUAUUCGUUUACACAUUUCAAUCCAAUUCAAACACAAAUAUUUCAUAAUCUCUAUCAUACUGAUAAUAAUAUUUUGCUUGGAGCACCGACUGGUUCGGGGAAGACUAUUGUUGCGGAAAUUGCAAUCUUUAGGGCAUUUGAAAAGGACAAGAGGGCUAAAGUUGUUUAUAUCGCUCCUCUAAAAGCGCUGGUUAAAGAAAGAAUAAAUGAUUGGAAGAUAAGAUUUGAAAAGAAGUUGAGGAAGAAUGUUGUUGAAUUAACUGGUGAUACAUCGCCAGAUAUUCAAGCUAUUCAAAGGAGUCAAGUUAUUGUGACAACUCCGGAGAAAUGGGAUAGUAUCAGUCGAUCGUGGCAGACCAGAGAUUAUGUAAAGGACGUCGUUCUAAUAGUUAUCGAUGAAAUUCAUUUGCUUGGUGAAGAUCGUGGGCCUGUUAUCGAAGUCAUAGUUUCUCGUACAAAUUUCAUAACAUCGAAUACAAAAAAAGCAAUUCGAAUAAUUGGACUUUCAACUGCUUUGGCCAACGCUCAAGAUCUUGCUGGAUGGUUAGGUAUACAGAAAACUGGUUUGUAUAAUUUCAAACCUUCGGUUAGACCUGUUCCAUUGUCGGUACAUAUAAAUGGUUUCUCUGGGAAACAUUAUUGCCCCCGAAUGGCAACUAUGAAUCGGCCAGCAUAUCAGGCAAUACGAACGUACUCACCAUCAACACCGGCUAUUAUUUUUGUUUCAUCAAGAAGACAAACAAGAUUGACUGCCUUAGAUCUAAUUACUUAUGUAGCUGGUGAUGAUACGCCUAAGCAAUUUCUUCAUGUGUCGGAUACAGAAAUUCAAGAAAUUCUCUACAACAUCAAAGAUUCCAAUUUAAAAUUCUGUCUUGCAUUUGGAAUAGGUCUUCAUCAUGCUGGUCUAUCGGAAAAUGAUCGAAAAAUUGUAGAAGAUUUGUUUCUCAAUCGAAAAAUUCAAAUUCUUGUUGCAACGGCUACUUUGGCUUGGGGUGUUAAUUUACCUGCACAUUUGGUUGUAAUAAAAGGAACUGAGUUCUUUGAUAGUAAGACUAAAAAAUAUGUUGACAUGCCAAUCACUGAUGUAUUGCAAAUGAUGGGACGAGCUGGACGACCACAAUUUGAUAAUGAAGGUGUUGCAGUUGUUUUCGUUCAUGAUGUUAAAAAGAAUUUCUAUAAAAAGUUUCUAUACGAUCCAUUCCCGGUGGAAUCGAGUCUUUUGAAUGUAUUACCAGAUCAUAUUAAUGCUGAAAUUGUAUCUGGAACGGUAUCAACAAAAGAAUCUGCUGUUGAAUAUAUUACAUGGACAUAUUUUUUUAGAAGAAUUUUACAAAAUCCAACUUAUUAUAAUUUGGAAAGUGUUGAACCUCAACAAAUGAAUAUAUUCUUGUCGACACUGAUUGAGAAAUGUUUGAAUGAGCUAGAAGUUGCUGCUUGUAUAUCGAUAUCGAAAAAUCAACUUAUACCAACAUUUUUGGGCAGAAUAUCAUCGUUUUAUUAUCUUUCUCAUCAUACGGUUAAACAUUUUCUAGAUGAUAUAACAUUUGAUAUGAGUAUAAGAGAUUUGAUGAUUGCUUUAGCGGAUUCAUAUGAAUUUGAUCAACAACCUGUGCGACACAAUGAGGAUGGUCUCAAUGAAGAACUAGCAAAGCUUUGUCGAUACAAGCCAAAUUCACCAAGCUACGAUUCACCAUACACAAAAACGUUUCUUUUGCUACAAGCUUAUCUGAUGCGUUUGCCUUUACCCAAUUCGGAUUACUUAACAGAUACUAAAUCUGUAUUAGAUCAGGCGUCACGUGUUCUGCAGGCUAUGAUGGAUUAUACUGCCGAACGCGGAUGGCUAACAGUAACUUUAAGACUGCAAAUUUUAUACCAGUGCAUAAUACAAGCUAGAUGGUACGAUGAGCCAGUGUUUUUAAUCUUACCAAACGUCACGGACAGCAACAUCGAUUGCUUCUAUAAAAUAGAUACCAGUCCAUUCCAGCCUGACAAAUUGAGUUUACCAGUUUUAAAAGAAGUUAGUAAAAAUAACUACGAACGUUUAGCUCCUCUAAGGGAAAAUUUUGAUGAACCUGAGAUUGAGAAUAUUUAUCAGAUCAUUCAAAAUUUCCCUGAGUUGUUUGUUGAACUUCAAUUACAACAAAGUUCUGAUGACGAAGAAAAUUCCAUCCAAACAAUCAAUCCAGAAAAAAAUGAAUGGCUUGAUAUAAGUGCAAAUGAGACGUAUGUUAUAUGUGCUCGUUUAGUUAGAGGUUCGAAUAACAAUACGAAUGUGUAUUGCCCUAAAUAUCCUAAACCAAAGCAUGAAGGAUGGUUUCUUACGCUUGGUUCACAACAAAAUAAUGAACUUUUGGCUAUGAAGCGUGUGGCUGUUGGACGUGGUUCUGCAAUACAUCGUUUAUUUUUCCAAGUGCCACCAAGCAAGGGAAAAUUAAUCCUUACUUUGUAUGUAAUGUCGGAUUGCUAUUUGGGUUUAGAUCAACAAUUCGACAUCAAGCUUAAUAUUGUGUAAUAUUUAUUUUUUUUUGUAAAUAAUCCAAAUAAAUAACUUGAAUUAAAAAAAUGCAAUAGAAUAUGUAA